GGAGGGAAGUGUAUUCUCUGCUGGCCGUGGGGACGCCAAAAGGACAGGAGGGGAUGUGUUGUUGUGUUGAUGCCUUUCUUUCUCUCUUUUUCCUCCUAUAACAACUCGCUUCUUAUUGAGACGCAGGUGUCUGUAGCCUCCUCUUCACCUCCACCCCUCCAGCCUACUACUACUACUACUACCUAUCCCAGUUUUCCACGCGCCGCACCUCACCACCGGAGGAGGAUUUUACGCGCCGGAGUGAGGAAGAAUAGCAUGAUGUUAAAUGAAACGUGGCGCGUCUCUUUUCUACGCCGUCUGUCACCGCCGCUGCUGCUGUGAAUGUGAGACCCAGCACAGAUGACUUGAACCGGGCGGCACAGGCGGUUGUAACUCCACCACUUGUUCCAUAAAGAGAAGACUUAUUGAUAACCAUGGCUGACCAGUACAGUAUGUUUCUCACCACGGCGCCCCCCCUCCGGCGUGGAAGCACCCCCCUGCCUCUCAAACACCAGCUGCGGAGGGAAGAGGCCGUGUCCGAGGACUGCGAUUGGAUCCCGGGCAUCGAGGAACCUGCCACGUUGCCUAUCAGCGACACAGCGGUGCCUCGGGAUGAGUCCUUCAGUCAAUCAGCAGCCGCCCAAUCGGCUUACCACAGCCACGGCGGGGCACUGAGGAUAGUGUUACUGGGACAGAAUGGCGUGGGCAAGUCGUCGUUAGCCUUAUCUCUGGCCGGGCAGUCGGACAGAUCCCUCUCCAUAGACUCUGAAACACAAGCAUGUGGUGAGGGCUACGAGUGCCCAGUGACGGUGGACGACGAGGACAGCAAAGUCAUCAUUUUCGACAACUGGAAACCGGACCUGUCCACUCUACAGUGUGAUGUGUGUAUCCUCGUCUUCUCGGUGACUGACAGGCGAAGUUUCCACCGCACCGCCCAGCUCCGCCUCCUCCUCAGGGAGUCCCAGCCACACACACCAAUCAUCCUGGUGGGCAACAAGAGUGACCUUGUCCGCUCCCGUGAAAUCAGCUCAGAGGAGGCCCAGUCCAGCGCCAUGAUGUUCGACUGCCUCUACAUGGAGCUCUCCGCCUCUCUGGACCACGGCACCAACGAGCUGCUGGAGGCCGCCGUUCGGACCGCGAGGGGCGACUGCGUGGGCCCCGGCUGGACCGACGGGGACCCCGGGGCGGGUCGCAGGGAGAGCCUGACCAGCCGGGCCAAGCGCUUCCUGUCGGGGCUGGUGCCACGCUCCUACGGUCGGGACCGGGACCGGGACCGGGGGCGAUACCGGGAGAUGAGCCGCCACCGGGGCAGCAAGAUCCUCCGCCAGAAGUCUCGCUCCUGCCACGACCUCAGUGCACUGUGAUAGACAUAGACGCAUACACAAAGACACACAUGAACACACACACAGGAGGGAAGGAAUUGGGCGGGAAAGAUGGAUGAUAACAGGGAAGGAGACGGACAUGAGUGGGAGAAUUAGAGGCAAAUAAAAGGAGGAAAAACUUGACUCGCAGCUUGAACCUUUAUCUUCUGAAACUGGAUUUUGAGAAGCCAUUUUGGAGAGAAAAACAAACAGAUAAAGGUGCUUGAUUUGCAGCUCCGGCUUGCAAAAAAUCAGCAAGUUCUCAUUACCUGAUGAGAGCAGGAAGAGAGCGAAAUUAGCAACGGUGGAGAGAGUCACAUGAAGAUGCUGAUUGGACGCUUACCGUGGCGAAACGGGGGGG